UUUUUUUUUUCCCUUUCUUUCUUCAUUACCUAUAUACCAUGUCUGAUAUUAGAGUACCUGGAUUCAAAAGUUCCGAAGUGAUUGCUCUACUUGAUAAACACUUCAAUGCUUACUCUGCUGAUGAGAAGGCUGCUUUGAUCAAAAAGGUGAAUGGUGUCUUCCAAUUUGUUAUUAAAAACGCUCAAGGAAAAGAAGAAGUUUUUACAAUUGAUUGUAAGAAGGAAGGCAAAGUUGUACGUGGUAAAGGUGCUGUCAAGGCUGAUGCUAUUAUUACCAUUGGAGAUCAAGAUUUUGUUGAUUUGGCUGAUGGUAAACUCAAUGGACAAAAGGCUUACAUGUCUGGUAAACUCAAAAUAAAGGGUCAAAUGAUGCUUGCUAUGAAACUUGAUAACGUUUUCAAAUCCAUCAAACCAGAAUCCAAGCUUUAAAGAAAAUGUUGAUAUUUGUAUAUUCUUUGUAGUUGACUAUUUUAGUUUGAUUUUUUCUUUAUUUAGUUGCUUUUUUCCCAUAAGUUUUAAAUAAAGAUAUAUAUAAAAAAAGGAA